ACAUUUUGUUAAAAAUUUUCUACUUAUUGUUUUGCAUUGAAAAUUGGCAAUAGCAAAACUUCACGAAUGACUGACGUCCUUUGUCCCUUCUGCGACGCUGCGUCAAAUUCUUUAUUGAAGCACUCUACCGGUUAUCCAUUAUUGAUUUCUUGGAAUUUAAUUCUUUGGCUUAAAAUAAAAUACUUAAAAUGGCUGCACCAAAAACAAAGAUUUUCGUUGGUCACUUGCCAGAUGGAUGUUCGGAUGAAGAUCUUCGUCAGUUAUUUCAGAAGUAUGGCGAAGUCACUGAAUGUGAUGUUAUCAACAAAUAUGGGUUUGUGCAUAUGUCCACUCCAGAACAAGCAGUUGAAGCUGUAAAAAUGUUAAACAACUAUAAUCUCAUGGGAUCCACAAUCAGUGUUGAGCCUUCUAAGAGCAAAUUGCAUCCUGAACCUGGUGCACCAGGUCGUGCUAACAAACAGACAGUAAUGAGCCGCCGAGGAGGGCAGUCAAGAAACGGCUAUGGUCCCCCUCGAGGUGGUUUUGGUGGAAAUUACAAUGGUUAUGGAAGACGAUUCGAUGGCCCACCCAUGGGCGAUUCAUUCUUUGAUCGUCCCUUCGGUUACGGGCGUGACAGAAUGAGGCCAUAUCCUUCACCGUAUGAUCGUCGUAGCCCUCCUUUGCCCAUGAGAGAUGAAUUUUCUCGAAGACCCAUGCCACCUAUGGAUGCUGAUCCUUAUUCAAGAGCUAUGCCACCCAUGAGUAUGCGAGAUGAUCUAUAUGAAAGGCGUGCCAUGCCUGAACGCUCAGAUUAUUUGUAUUCUCGAAGAUCUCCCCCACCUCUUUCAUCAAUGAGGUCUCCUUAUUGGUAUGAUUCACCACAAAAUGGUGAUGCUACUUAUGUAAUGUUUUAGAAUUGUUGCCCAAGAUAAUCAGAGAAUUAUUUCUAGAAAUUAACAGCAGCCGUGUGCCACCACCUUCAGCUACCCGACGUCUCUCGUAUUUUUGAAAAGCCUCCAUUCGCGCCCGUUGAAGAGAUCGCUCAAAUAUAUCCAUCUCUCCGCUUUGUCGACCGACCGCAUUGAAUCUUCCCGUUUAAUUUGAGCGUAUUAGAGGCCGCUGCUAAGUAGAGACAGUGAUUUUUUACGUUCUUUCCUGUUAUUGUGAACUGUUUUUAAUUAUCAUUUGACUCAUCGUUUCAUGUGUACAGAUAAAUUGUUCCGAUUUUUUUUUUUUUAAUUCUGCGUCUCAUUUCUUUUUUUGUAGUGUAUCAGUUUAUUAUUGUGAUGUAAUAUACUUAUAUAUAUAUGAAAACUAUGCUAGGGCAUGUAAUACACUAACGUAAGUGGUGGCUUCCGUUGUUUCGAACGUAUUCUAUGCCGAAUAAAAACUUUUUUGAUUGUA